AAAAUUAUUGGGUUUUUUUUUCGCCCCCAAAAAAAAACCCAAUAAUGGUUCGUAUUAGCAACGCCAUUUUCAAUUGUAUAAACUUCAUUCCCUUGGUUUUAGGCUUAAUCGCCGUCGUCGUUUCCAUUUACUUCAGCCGUAACGACAGCACCGUUUGUGAAACCUCCGCUCGAAACCCAUUGUUAAUCAUCGGAAUAAUAUCGGUGUUUGUAGCAGUACUAGCCUUGAUUGGUUCUUGUACCAAAAAUGGGUCAAUUUUCUUGACGAUUUAUUCGGUUUUGUUGAUUUUAAUCAUUUUGGCAUUGUUUUGUUUAACGUUCUUCGCAUUGAUCGUGUCGAACAAGGAGUUGGCGAAGAGGAUAGCCGGAAAGGGAGUGGGAUCGGUGCGGUUGAAGGAUUAUUCACGGUGGCUGAAGAAGAAUUAUUUGGAUGCGCAGCAUUGGGAAAAAGUACGGAGUUGUUUGAGUGAAUCCAAUAUUUGCAGUUCUCUUCAUAGUGAAAAAGCAAUUUUUAAAUUAGGGUUCAUCAAGCAAAAGUUUUCUAUGAUACAGUCUGGUUGUUGCAAGCCACCCAUGUAUUGCAAGUACGAAAAGAAAAAUGCAACAUUUUGGGAGAUGCCGAAAUCGGGACCGGACGUGCCCGACAUCGACUGCUUGACAUGGAGCAACGACAAGGAGAAGCUCUGCUACAACUGCAAGUCUUGUAAGGGCGGGUUUUUAGUUGACAUUAAGAAACAAUGGCGGUUUAUGGCCAUCGUUAACCUAGUCAUCCUCGUACUUAUCCUCAUCAUCUUCAACAUCGGAUGCAGUGUUCGCCGACGAAAAGAGCCUAAAUCCGACUUUGCACCAAAAUAUCUGCCACCUCAGAUUCCGCCAGAUUACAUUCCGCCACCACAAACUAUGGUAUAAAACAUUUUAUCGACGGCUUAAAUUAGGAAAGAAAUUGAAUCUACGUGUGUAAAUCACAAUUACGAACAUAAUGAAUAUUAUUAUUACCGUCAAUUGUGACAAAGAGCUUAAACUUUAAAAUAGGGAGUGAAAUAUUUAUGCUCGCUAUUUUACGGAAUAAACACAUUAUCAUAGGUUUAGCUCAGGUGACACAUUUAGGGUUUGUAUAUACACUUGCCGUAAAUGGGAAAUUUUAGUUUUAAUUC